CGAAAUUAUUCUGAAAGUACUAAACUACCCCUCACCCAUACUAUAUAAAUAGCGUCUGAACAUUUUGAAUCAUAUCAAGUCAGCUUAAAAAACAGAGUAAUCCAAUCCAAAAAAAAAAAAAGAUCAAAGCUUCCAAAAAUGGCGAUGAUUCCGAGCUUGUUCGGUGGACGACGGAGCAGCAUCUUUGAUCCAUUCUCUCUGGAAGUUUGGGAUCCAUUCAAGGACCUCACCUCGACGGAGACUUCCGCUUUGGCCAAUGCUCGCAUUGACUGGAAAGAAACGCCGGAGGCUCACGUGUUCAAGGCCGACGUCCCUGGGCUGAAGAAGGAGGAGAUGAAGGUGGAGGUCGAGGAGGGUCGAGUGCUUCAGAUCAGCGGAGAGAGGAAUGUGGAGAAGGAGGACAAGAACGAGACGUGGCACAGAGUUGAGCGGAGCAGCGGGAAGUUCGUGAGGAGGUUCCGGCUACCGGAGAACGCGAAGGCGGAUCAGGUGAGGGCUUCGAUGGAAAAUGGAGUGCUUACUGUGACUGUUCCUAAGGAGGAGAAGGCCAAGAAGACUGAUGCGAAGUCGAUUGAGAUCUCUGGUUGAGUAAUAGUGUGGAUUUUGAUGGAGGAGUGAAUUUGCAUGGUAUGUGUUUGAUGUUUUGUUUCUGAAAAAAAAAUGGUUGAAAAUAAGUGUACAUGAACAAGAAGAUUUGAUAUGAUAUGAAGAAGAGUGAUUAGUUUUCUUUUA